CCGAUUCUGCAGCCUCCCUCAUCUUACUACUGCCGGGCAUCUUCUUUUACCCAAUUAAAUACCGCUUAAGUUCUUAAUGCCGACGUCUGUCAUUCUCUUUCCGUCGAUGUUGUCGACUAAAAUUUUCUUUUGGGUUGAAUAUUGCCACCAAAAAAAUGUUGGAUCUAAUUUAUAAGACUUUCUUUUGAUGAGAACUUGCCGUGGGUGGUAUAUUGGGUUGGAAAUCAGGGAUUGAGGUUUCAAACAUUUUUAUAUUUCUGACUUUCUUUAUUUAAAUUUUAUUCUUGGUGUAUUCUUUGUUUUGUUGGUUAGUGAACUAUCAAGAAUGGUUUGGGGGCUAGUAAUGGCUUUUCUGAGAAUAAGUGUGGGUGAGUUUCGGCGACGUUGAUGAUGAUGAAUUAGUGUGGCCUUUUACUUCAAAAAAGAAAUAUAAAUUGGGUUUGAAUAUAAUAAAAAUAAUAAUAGUAUGUUAUUAAAAAUAUAAGAAAAUAUGAUAUAUCCCAAGAAAGAACAAAGCAACAGAAAAUUAAACUAAUUAUUAGAGAAAGAAAUGAAAGAUUGAUAUGGAAAUUGAAAUUAUUGUCAGAAAAAGAAAUAAAAGAUGGAAAGGGACAAAUAAUUUUUUUUCUGAGAUCCAAGGGCAAAUAAAUAAUUUAUGAUGAUUCCGCUAGAGGUCAGUUAGCUCCAUCUACUCCCGUCCAUUUAACACAUUUCGGCAAAGCAUGAGGGGGUUGUCGUGUGCUUUUAAAACCAUAGGGGGGUUCUUGUGCGGUUUCAGAAAGCACAGGGGGUUCUCGUGUAUUACCCCUAAAUUUUAUUCAAAGCAAAGCACAGUAGCAGCCCCAGAAGCUAGCACGGUUUGCUCUGAACUUCAUUUCUCUUCUGAAAUUUUCAUUUCCUCAUCUCUCAACUCUCUGUUAUGAUCUGAAGUCUUAAGUUUCAGUACGACCAGUUAUCUUUUGAUAUUUUUUCUUCUCUCAAGUCCCUCUACCCCCAAGAAUUCCUUGUUUUUUUUUUUUUCGAAAAAACUUUCUUAAUUAAUUGGAUCGAGAAUUUGCGUUGACUUCCGCGAAGUUAUUUAGAUCUUGGGGCCGAUCAAUUAAGUUUCCGUUGGAAAUUAGAAGGCCGAAAAGGAGAAGAUUAGCGAUUUGGUCAAUCACAAUCACUUAAGAGUUCUAUCAACAAAGUUACAGAGAUGUAUUCCACAGAGUCUAUUGUUCAAGAUGCCUUAGAUGAGCUCCAGUCCAUCAGCCAAAAAUUAUCUGAUUUAUUCCCAGAUUUGGAACUUUAUGAUCUGCGGCAGUUGUUGGAAUGGGGGAGAUGGUUUUAUUUGUGGGGAAGAAAGUGGGGCGAUGAACAAGAUGUGGGCUGGGAAACUGCAGUGUGUACAGUGGAGGAGUCUCUUCACAGACAUUCCCUGGAAAUUCUGUUUCUUUGUCUCCGGUUCAAGGAGAAAUUGCUGAGGGUUGAUGAUUCUGAUGAGAGAUGGGAUGAUGAUUCGGAGGGAUGGGAUGAUGUGCUUAAAGAUUUUCUUCGGAGAAUUAUUGGAUCGGUGCAACCAGGAAUUGAGGAAUUGGUCAGAAUGUUGGGGACAGAUCUCACGUUGCAAACAAGAUCUUCUUCUCGAACAGAAGUGAAGCAACUGCUGGACAGCGUCGACUUCAUUCUUCACACUUGUCAGAGUCUUGAAUCUCACACUCUUCAUGAAACCGUAACGUUCAUGAAGAACUUCAUUCGCUUUGCUACGCUUCACGGACUUGAGGAUAGGCAGAUCAUCGGAGAUCUCUUGACUCACUUUGAACGUGUGUUUAUUCAAUCUGCAGUCCUACUUUUUGGUACUUGGGUUCAAGAAGGUUAUCUUUCAACAGAUUCUCAUCGUGAACUUCUGAGAAAAAUUCAGCCUGUUGAGUCGCGUGUUUGUGAGAUUUAUGUUGGUGUCUUGCAAGAUGUUUCAAAGUUUUCAGGGUCCUCCUUCCAUCCCACUAAAGUAACUCAUGCAUUGGUGUUUAGAGACUUUGUGGAUUCUCUCAUUUUUCUGAUUUUGAACCUUUUCUUCCGUGAUUGCAUUUUUGUGGACAUGUUUCACCACGAAAUGCAUAAAGUGCAUGAGGGACUCUCAUUCUUGAGAACCACUCUAUCAAAGCACCAUGACAAGCUUGAUGACCUCAUUAGACCUUUGAUUUGUGAGGCAGGCAUCAUGAUUUUUCAUCUCUAUCAAGAAAAUGGAGAACAAAGAGGAAGGUUGGUUGCAAAAUUAGAGCUCCUUUUUUCCAAUUUCGAGACAAAACUCCAAAUUCUCAAGGCUGCAGAAGAAGACGCGCCAAGGUUUCCACCAGCAUCAGCAUAUCCCCAAACAAACUUGUUGGGUUUUAUUGACUCUGUCUUGGAAAAAAUAAAGUCAUUCGUAAUUCAAGUUUCUUCAGAAAAGGAUAAGUUCCGAGCCCUCCACGAUGAUCUUACAGUUUUAAGAUCUUUUGUAGUCCAUGAUAAUGGGAUGACGAUCCAAGAUCUCUCGAGUCGCAUUGCAGCGGUAGCUUAUGACACGGAGUUUGUACUUGAUUCUUUGGUUGUUGCUGGUAAACCACUCCGGACGAGCCUUAUCGUGCAGCUUGAUGUUAUCAUAACAGAGAUUGAGCUUAUUAAGACUCAGGUCUCGGAGAUUCCUUGGAGUAUGGAGCCAACCAUUGAAGUUCAAAAGAUUAGUCAAGCUAACCUUAAGAUGGCACCAGCAGUUGGUAAGAUCCCAGAUUCCAAUGAGAGAGUGGUGGGCUUGGAUGACGAGGCAAAAAUCAUCAUCGAUAGACUCACUAGAGGGACAAAACAGUUAAAUGUGGUUUCGAUUGUGGGCAUGGCCGGAUUAGGUAAAACUAGUUUGGCCAAGAAAGUUGAUCAUCAUUCCCACAUCUCUCAUCACUUCCAGGUUCGCUCUUGGGUCACCGUGUCUCAAGAAUACAACACAAAAAGUUUGUUGAUUGGGAUUUUAAGCGGUCUGGACCAAAAUUCAACUGGAGCGUAUAUAAAUAUGAGGGAAGAUGAUUUGGCUGAAAGACUCCGUAAACGGUUGAAGGGAAUCAGAUAUCUUAUGAUCUUGGAUGAUAUUUGGGAUACUCGAGUAUGGAAUAGUUUGAAAAUGUCAUUCCCAGACGAUGAUAAGGGUAGCAGAAUCCUCCUAACCAGUCGACAGGAGACUAUUGGUUUGGAAAUCAAUCCACACUCUGAACCUCACCGUCUUCGUGCACUAAAUGAUGAUGAGAGUUGGGAGUUAUUUCGGAAGAAGAUGUGCUUUGACCAAAGUUGUCCAUCGGAAGAAGUAAUUGCUCGUGCCAAGACAAUAGCAAAAUCCUGCAAGGGAUUGCCGCUGAUGAUUUUAAUUGUUGCAGGAUUUCUCACUAAUACAGAGCCAAGUAAGUGGGAAGAAGUUGAAGAAAUGCUAAAAACAGGUAGUGCAAUGGCUGCAGAUCAGUGCAUGGAGACUCUUGAGUUGAGUUAUCGACAUUUGCCAAACCAUUUGAAACCAUGCUUUCUUUAUCUGGGAGCGUUUGAAGAGGACGAAUCAAUACCUGUUCACGAGAUUUUACGGCUAUGGAUUGCAGAAGGAUUCGUGCAGGAAACUGCAGGAAGAGAGUGCUUAGAGGAUGUUGCAAAGGGUUACAUGAUGGAGUUGGUACAGAGAAAUCUAGUGAUGGUUGCUGGAAGAGAUCUCCUAGGCCAGAUACGAUGGUGUGUCCUUCAUGACUUGCUACGCGAUUUCGCCAUAGCAAGAAGCAAAGAAGAACACUUUAUGCAUCGGCUACGUGGUCAGGAGCUUAAUGGUUGUGUUGAGGCUAGCCAGCCGUACAGGUUAACUAUUGAUUUCAGCGGACCAGAGAAAUUCUCAGAAUCGAGGUCCCUCUAUCCUCGUCUACGCACACUGUUGUCUGUUACAAAACCCAAAGUCUAUCCACUAACAACAUCUCUAUACAAGUUUUUCCAGUUCAAGCUUAUAAGAGUUUUGGUCUUAAGCCGAGAAUUUGAGUUUGAUACAUUCCCAUGUGUGAUUCUACCACUUGUCCAGUUGAAAUACUUGGAUUUCGCAGUUUCUUUUACUUCAGAAAUAAUCAUCCCAUCGUCAAUUCUCAAUCUCUCAGAUUUGGAGACUUUGAUUGUUGGUGGUGACAGAGUUUUGUUGCCGGAUACUUUUUGGGGUAUGAAAAAAUUAAGGCAUCUGGAAGGAGCUCGGGAGUGGGUAUUGCCAUCAGAGAUUCCCGUAGCCAAUUUGGAGAAUUUGCAGACUUUCUCGACUGUAACAUUCACCUGCAGCCAAACGAUGGUGGGAGUAGUGAAGAAGUUACCAAAUCUCCGGACACUAGUCUGUCAUCUCGAUCUGGGUGGAGGAGAGUGCACUGUGGAUUUCAUCCCUUUGAAUCAACUCGAAUCACUCUUCAUCACUACUCGUGGGAGGAACCUUUUUCAAUUUCGAUUUCCCCAGAAUCUGAAGGAUCUAUGUCUGUGUUCAACUUGCCUUCCAUGGAGUGAAGUUUCAGCUAUUGGAAGGCUACCAAAUCUUGAAGCUCUCCAAUUGGAUUUGAAUGAAUACAAGGGGGAAAAUUGGGACAUUGAAGAAGAAGACACAUUCCCCAAACUCAGAGUGUUGGAAUUAGACGGCAUGGCCAGUUUGGAGAGAUGGACAACGGCUUCGGAUGACGACUUCCCAUCUAUUGAGACAUUGAUACUGGGAUACUGCAAUUGCUUAAAGGAAAUCCCUUCUUGUAUAGCCCAACGUUCAACCCUUCAGAUGAUUGAGGUCAAGGAUUGUCCACGUGUCUUUGAUUCGGUAAAGGAAAUUCAUGAAACGCAGAUGGAUUAUGGAAAUGAAGAUCUACGGAUAUAUCUGGACGGCCAACAACUAACAAAAGAGUAA